AUCUCAUAAACGAGACAAAGAAUCCCUUUGUACGACCGUGAUUCAAGAUGUAAACUAAAAAUCCUGUCGACUUUAUUAGCUCGAUUUAUUAACCGAUACUUAAUGAAACGUUUCGAUUCUCGCGGAUCUUUAAAAGCGUCUCCACCACUCCCAUCGAGCUCUCUCUUCAUCGUACCAAAGAAGUUUUACAUUUAUUCGCUCAUCAUUUAUAUAUUCCAUUUACCUUCGUUCACGGACCACUUAUAAAGGCUACCCGAUAAUUGGACGCACAAUCUUCCCCAGACACAGAAAAGGGUAAAAUAAUAUCAGGAUGAAGAUACGCGCUAUUACUUUGUAAGCGUUGAAAUUUGUAUGAAGCAAGGAAGGAGCUGGCGCCGGGCGCUUGCAAUUGCACAAGAUCGUGUAAUAACGACUAAAGUCUAUAUGCAUAUCCCACGUAUACAAGCGUAUACUGCAGAGUCUUCAGAAUAUUGAAGCAUUAGUGUUGGCGAAACGAAGCCCUCGAGUGUGCGCGUUUCGCUGCAACAAUUUCCUUGGUCGAUAGAUUUGGCAAUAAAUAGAAAGAUAUCCUACUCCUGAAAAUAGCAUUACUGACUCGAUGAAAAGUCGGACAAUACCACGAAUUCGUGCGCUACCGUUACAGAAAAACGACAAGGAAUUCGUAAUCGACAAAAUUGGUUCGAGGCAAAAGUUUCGUUUCGAUCCUUUCUUCGCGAACGGUCGAACUCGAAAUUAUUUCGAACGCGAAGUCAGCUCGUGGUAUUCAGGGAGAUGGCAGUUAGUUCCGGCGCGGAGUGGCGCGGCGUGGCGCGGCGUGGCGCGGCGCACGAAAUAUCUUCCUCGAAUUCGGUGGGAAAGCUCGGGCUAAAUUUCGGUAGAUCGCGGUCGCUGGCCCCCCACACGGCAUGGCACUCAUCGUCAGACGUUCACAGAAGAGAUAGAGGAGCGUCGUCGUGGCGCGCACGGAUAAAGGAUCGACCGUGGCGGCGAUUCCAACAGGAAUUCCCGAUGAGAUGGGCGGAAAGUACAAAGGUUCGACGCGCUUCGGCGGUUCUCGGCACGGUGGGCUUCCGCUCGAAUUCGGCUAGCUCCGAUCAGCAUCGUGCGCGUUCGUCUAGGAUCGGGCCGCUCGGUGGGGUCUACAUCGUGCAGGAUGGGUAGUAGCGGCGCGCCGCGAGACCGGCAGUUUUGCGCCCCGUGCAACGGCCAAUCGGCCAGUUCGUCGCCGGCUGUUCGUGAAAGAGGUAUUUUCGCACAUCGUUCUGCGUUCGCUCUGCGAUCGAGCACUUUCUGCCAUCACCGUCCACCGAUUCUGCCCUCGCUAUUUUCUCUUUCUACAUAUAUAAAUCGUUCGUUUCUCGCUCGUCGAUUCGCAACUUCCAUACUUUUUCUUCACGCACUGACCGUUCAGUUCGUCUCUCUCUCUCUCGGCUUUUCUUUCCGAGUCUGCGCGUUCUUUGCAACGUGUUUUCUGCGACCGGCGAGUAUCUUCUCGGAAAUUCUACCGAGAACGGUUACGUCCACGGAUCCGUAACACUGUGUUUCGUACCGUUCACUGCCACGUAUGUCGGCGUGUGAGCGAAUUGCCGAGUGUUUGGUGACGUGUUAAAACAUGGCCAUUUCCACUGGUCACGACCAAGAUAGAGAGCGUGUUGUCUGAGACAGAGAGAGAAAGAGUGUGUGCAUGAGAGAAAGAGAGCUUGAAAGACGACGGUAUUUCGUACAUGUUCGUCGUUAGGAAAACGUACGUAUUUCGGCUGACGAUCAUUGUCCAAUGGUCGACAUGUAUCGACCUCGAACGAGGUCGAAAAACCGAAUAGAAAUGGUUGUCACGUUGUUCGGUGUCGAAGCGCCUAUAUACUCGUUGGAUAUUCGCGAGUUAUCCGUUGCGAAUUAGCAAAUGGUGAAACGGCGAAGGAAAAAAGAGCAAGGAAUAACUGGGAACCGGUCUUACGGUAUGAAGGGUAAAAGUCGCGUCAAAAAUAAUUUCGAGACGUGACUGUGACACUUAACCGGCAUAAGCCGGUAACGCCGCAAUGCCGGCUUACGAAACGAAUACGAUCUUUCGAAUUCAAAAACCUCGCCGAGUAUAAAGUGAUUCGACAGUUCUUUUUUUCUGGUGAUGUCGAUCAACGUUUUGACGGAAGAGAUGUCGAUCGAUGCGGCCAAAGAAACGAGGAAACGUCAUUACAAUAGUGGUGCGCCGCCGGCUAACCUGUCGGCUAACCUCAAUCUUGCUGCUCACCGGAACAAACGAACACGUGCGCAUCGGACAGUUAUUGAAAUUAGCAUUUUCAAAAAUUGAAAAUAAUUCCUUACGAGCCCGGCGCGAGGUGAUUUCCAGAAUGUUCGCUAAUAGAUUGCACGACUCUAUGGAUAGUACAGUGGAAAAUUGGAGACUUAUUUUAGUAGGCUCGAGUCUCUUUUAUUCGUCACGUAAGUCCUAUUCAAAUGGGCGUUACGAGAAUCGAUUCAGCUGCUCAUUCAAAUACGUAACUUUCCUAAGAAUGCGGGACAAUGAUAUACGGCACGGUCAGAAUAAAACGCAUCCAUUCUUUCGAAUUAUAUUCUCUCGCGGUCGUAUCGCGCAAGUUUGCCAGGUGCAUUUCUUCUCUUUUUAAACGAAGAUCAUUUCCACCACUGUACAGGUCUGUCCAAGUAGAGUGAACCAAAACUUGAAGCGCGGUCCUUUCCAAUCAGUCAUUACGGUUCUUGCAAUUUGAAAGUACUUAGGCACUAAUUUCGAGGAGGAACGACGUAUAAUUUCCUUGUAAGUAACGCUAGCUCGUAAAAAAAGAAAAACGCCAAAUUGGUAACUCCGGUACUUGGAACACUUGCUACGACCAGCGGUUGACCGUAACCGAUGCAAUCAGGAUGUACGUAUAGAUAGAACGAGUUUCGAGUGAAUGUUUAAUUGGAAUGUUGUCAACGAUGAGAGCGUGUUCUCCGGGCUCGGUGGUUGAAUCCAGUCUCUGGCAGACUCGAUAUAAAGCGCUUAUAUCGUUCCAAUUAAAAACAGACAGUUAAAAAGUUUCCCGUGAAAGCACAGAGAUAACGCGAAAAGCGCGAAAAGAACCAAAACGAGUGAUUCGGUAAUGGACAACUACGCUCGCGAGGGGCACGGACUAAUGGCACAGAGUACCGUGCAACCAAAUUUCUACGUUCAAUUCGAUAUCUCUUUUUAUCGCGUUUGCAACACGUACUCCAUACGUUUUAACCGAUACAGUAGACCGCCUCUGGACCGAACGAACGGAAAUGGUAUGCGAACGCCGAUGACGUCAACUAUCGUAAGGGAAAAAGAUGUAUACGCGUCGAAGAAGGGGAAAAGAAGGAGUGGAAGGGGUUAAAGGGAAAGCAGUGAGAAAGAAAGGUAGGAAGGAAGGAAGGAAGGACGGAAGGAAGGAGGAUUCCUAGAUCUUCUUUUUCUUCGAGGCAGGCCGGUUUCGCAUAGACGUCCUUGAAAUUCGUGAGAUCGGAGAACAAUCGGCUACGGGGAGUCCAUCGGUACGGAUGGUCCAGUGGCGCCGACUAGUCUCCAUUGCGCCCCACCACUAUAUCUCGGUUGCUUCGUUAGGGACCCCACCAUAUAUCCCGGGUAGGUUCAGUUUAAGGUUUCCUCUGUCGUUUGUGCUAUGCCGUGGCUGCUAUCGUUGAACCGUUCCGACCGUCCAAGGACAGUUCAGUUCAGUUCAGUGCCGGGUAAAGAGGGUCAGGCACGUAGACGAAAACUUUCAAGGGCAGACGAGACCCCUCGCUUUGCCGUCACGUAAAUUCAGGCCUGAAUUCAUCUCCUCCACGCGUGUGUUCGUUCGUUCGUUCUUCUUCUUCUUCUCUCGCAGUGGAUCCCGAAGUCGUCACACGCGGUGCACAGUGAACCGUCGCGUCGACUUGUCUGUGACUCAUCCUUUCGAAAUUAACCGAUUCCGUACCGCUCCCAAUCUAAUUAGACGUACAACGGUUUGUUCCUGAACUGUUUUACUCCCUGGUGCGCGCGACCAACACAGUGUUUCAGUGAAACAAUCGGUUUUGCCUUACAACUCAUCGACUUUGUACGAAUUAUUACUCGCAGAGUAUUGGUCAACGAAGAAGAGAAUCGUCGAUAACGUGGACAAACGUUGAAAAAAAGAGAUAUUUUGUUGUUUCUUUGUAAAUUGUUCCUCGGAUGAAAGUACGCAACGAGAAAAACUGUCUGUAUGUUCUGUAACUCCGUACAAGGGAAAAAGAGCGAACGAAACAGGAAAUCUCUACGCUAUUUGUACUUAUACAACAUUUAUUUCUUACAAAGAUUAAUAAAUUGCACUAUUUCGUGACUGUAGAAAAUUACUUGUUCCGCUCGCCCUAAAUGCAUCGCUUCACCUGUUUCAACAAAAUAAAGUGAAUAAAAAAUACAAGAAAAAAAUUGUUCCAUCAAUAUGUAUGCAAUUUUCAUUCGAUUUAACAUUAAGAUAUCCUAUCCUUUAACGAUAUUCCCUUACAUCGUAAAGUCGAUGCGCGUUAUACGCUACGUUCGCGCGAACGUGUUCGCUGCGGACCACGCCACACGUUUUCGACACCGGCGAAUACGCUUCUCUCAGAGAAAUCACGAUACAAGGGAGGGUCCAUAAACGUGUUCUACAGAUAUAUUGCGUGCUGCGUUCAAUGGGGUUGACACGGAAAAAAGGGGACAAAAGUAGUAAUCGUUGCCACUCUUUUUAACGCGUAAAGUGGUCGGGAAUUUUUCGCGCGUUCGAGAUUGCUGCUCCCCCUUCUGUCUGAUUACUGUUCUGAAUUAAAUUGGCCGGAAUUGAACUACAGACAUAAGGAUACAGAGAUCUAGGGAUACUCUACGAAAGAGAGAGUCGACUGCAAUUUAACUCUCCUAUAAUAGCGCUCAGUCUAUCUGUACACGUCUAUGGCCAUAACGCUCGAGAAUUACCGCGUAUUACGCCCACUUAACACGAGCCAUUUUCAUGUUCGGCAAUAAAAUAUUCUCGAGUAAACGGUUACUCUACUUGUCACGGGCUCUUCUUCCAUUGCCACUUAUCCUAGAACGGUGCUCGCGAGCGGACAUUCGCGGCGCGAACGAAAUAAAUAAAAAUAAUAUUAAUUAAUCGCGACAGGUAUCGAUCGUGUCCUCAGCGAACGCGUUAAAUCGCAGUCACAGACUUCGCGAACAGGGCAUCGCGGUUAAAACUUUUUCUACGAUCCUUACGACUGCGGUGCAUCGCGUCAUAAGAACGUGAGCAUUUAAAUUGAUCCUGUUUAACCUUGACUCGAUUGCUUUCGAGUUAUUUUUCACUUUGUCUAACAGACCUAUCGAGGACGCGUCGUGCCUCUCCGGUAUCUCCACGCCUGAAAUUCUUCGGUUUGCAACGUGCCAUGCACCGAUCGAUAACAUAGUAUCGACGUUUAAUUCGAGUGGGUGUAAUGACUAUACACCAUAGCGCGACAUAUUUCAACGAGAUCGUUUUACCCAUAAGGUAAAGCAGUCUUUGCCACGAUAUAGCGAGGUCGUAAAUUAUUCCUACUCUUGUCACGGGAUGCAACGAGUACAGUUUCGGUAUCACGUUUUAGUACACUAUACAAAACUCGACGAUCAGUCCAUCGCAUCUCGAUCUACGCUACAACGAAGAUUAUAUUUAUUCAUGAUUGGAGUCGAAGAUCGGUCUAACAAGAAUUUGAAUCUUGAAGCUGCUCAAGCUUUUCAAUUACGCGUCGUAAAAGGCACGUCAGAGCUUUUCGUAAAUGUUCGUCGACGAACAAAAACGUACACUGUUCGCGUGUUACGAAAGUCGAUCGUAGAUAGGGUUACCGGCGAUGGCUACUGUUCGAUCUUCGUUGUCGGCAUGGAAAGAUCGAGAACGUUGACGAGGUCAAGAAGCACGAUUCCGAACGGAAGUUAAUUACUCGAGUACGAAUCAUUGUUUCUGGUAAUCGAGGGACGUCUCGAGGGGAACUAGUUACGCGUUGCUCGACUCGUUGACCCCGUUGCAUCCCGCGGAGGUUCCAGAGGGCUCUCGAGAGUUCCUCAAAGGAUCUUCAGGAGUUUUAUUCAUCGAUCGUUGUGGCCAGACCUGUCCACGGGUUGCCCUACUGGCUCGGAGCAACGCGGUUCGCCACGAAAUAAACCUCGGGGCAACGGUAACAUUGUAAUACGCUCACAGGGUAUGGGUCUCAAUUUAGCCGGUAAUGACGUAGAAAGAAGCGCGCCUCACCGACUUCAAUGACAAAGUAUAUUGCAUUCUAGCGCAACAUGAUAUCUUUUAAUAUUCAACAUCCACAGUACCAAAGUUAUUCGGUCGGUCUUUGACAACAUAUUUCAGGAUCAUUGAAAUCGGUGACGUCUGCUUGAUUUUUAUGGAACUCGGAAAAUAUAACAGGUAUUUUCCUUCGAAAUCACUGUUAGUACAAAGGUAGGUAUUCGACGCGAUUCGAGUUAUCCGCUUCGGAAAUUUUUAACGCUGCCCCGAGGGAUGUACACUGUCGCCACAAGGGCAAUCCCUUGGACAUCCCUAGUCAGCGGGAACACGCGAAAUCCGCGUGACGUAGCUUAUGGGUUCGACGAGUGUCGCGAGAGGCGACGGUCGAGUAAGAAAGAGAAGCACCACGAGGCGAGGGAGUAAAAAAGGAAAAAAAAAA